AUGGUUUGGACAGUCAAACAAAAUUGUCAACAUCCACAUGAUCAUCUUUCAUCUGAUAAAUCAGCAUCUAUCAUGUUAUAUACAUUAGAAUGGACAUCUCAAGAAUCUUCUUUUUACUUUAUCUUAAAUAAGACUCUUCGAUCACAAGAUCGAAAAGAACUAUUACCUUGGUUUCUCUAUCGUCGUCUUUUUAUUUUUGCUCUUUCAAAACUACCAUCAACGAAACAUCGAAUCAUUUAUCGUGGAAUUAAAAUGAAUCUUAGUGAUGAAUAUCAAAAAGACAAAAUAUUUGUUUGGUGGACAUUUUCAUCGUCUACAUCAUCCAUGGAAGUUUUAGAACGAUUUCUUGGUCAGAAUGGAUCUCGAACUAUAUUUAAUAUCGAAUGUGAUUCAGCUAAAGAUAUUUCUCGACAUUCAAUGUAUCAAAAUGAAAAUGAAAUCUUGAUGUAUCCAGCAAGACAAUUUCAAGUUGUUUCAUCAUUUAAUUCAGGAAAUCAGUUGAAAAUUAUUCAUAUCAAAGAAAUUCAACCACCUUUUCCUCUUAUUCAUAUUCCAUCAACAUCUUCAACUAUUAUUAAUCCAAUCGAAAAUAUUCAACCAUCUUUUUUACGUAUUCAAAUCUCAUCAUCAUCUUUCACAAAUAAUUAUCAAAAUAAAAAACUUCAAGAUCUUAUCGAACAAUGUCAAUCACAAUCAGAAGUGAAUUUAAUGGCACUAAACUUGAAUGAUGAAGAUAUGAAGAUCGUUGUGAAAGAGGCUAUUAUCAAUAAACAGUGCAAGGAACUCUACUUACAAUAUAACAAAAUAACAUCAGUAGGAGCCUCAAUCAUUGCCAAUGCAUUAAACAAUAAUGCUACUUUAGAAGAUCUGUAUCUUACUGACAAUCGUUUAUGUGAUAAAGGUGUUCGUAGUCUAAUGACGAUACUCUCACUCAACAGUUCUACACUAUUGCUUUUGGAUCUUCAAGACACUAGUAUUACAGAUGAAGGUGCAACGUAUGUGGCCGAAAUACUCAAGACAAAUACAAGGCUAUGUCGUCUGUUGCUCGGUGAUAAUGAAAUAAGUGAUCGGGGAGUUGAACGAUUGUCCGAAGCGCUCUCGUAUCACAACAACACACUCAUAUCACUUAAUCUAACCAAUAACAAACUGAUAAGUGAAUUGGGUAUUGAGAGUCUUGUUAAAAUGCUCAAACACAAUCAAACACUUAUAUAUCUUUACAUCGAAGAAUGCGAUUUGUCUGAGAAAGGAAAAGAUAAACUUCGACAAACUGCACGAAUUAAGAAAGGUUUCAAACUUGAAAUGUAA